CUAACAUAACCUCUCUAUAAUGAGACGGUGUCUUACGUUUCUGUGUCGAUUUUCUCUUCCACUUCCUCUUGCUUUUUGGUUCUUCUGUUGUUUCCCUGUUUCCUCCUUGCCCUGUUUUCUCUUCUAUGCUCUGUUUCUUGUUUGAUGGAAGAACAAAGGAUGAAAAAGAAAGAAGAAAACGAAUAAGUGUAAGCGUAUAAGAGAGAGAAGACAAGAAAUAGACUGAGAAAAAGAGAGAGAAAGAAAGAGUGUGAGUGAAAGAGAGAAAGGAAAAAAAUGGUGGGUAAGGUUGUGCAUGAUGAUGAGUUGGUGAAGAUGAACAUCAUAAUCGUUCAUGGAGGUCCCUCUUCAUCUCGAUUCCUCGAUGCUUAUCCCAAAAGUGUCUCCCACCUGUGUUUGGAGGAUUUCGGGAAAUUCUGGAGUUAGGUUUAGAUAUUGUCUUUCUUUAGCAGCUUUGGUUUACAAUCUCUCUCUUUAGGUAGAGAUUGAAGAGAUUUUUUUAGUUUUUGUUUUCAUUAUUGUAUUAUUUACAUUUCUUUGGGGAAAAAGUUAGUAUUUUUUUUUCAAAUAUUCGUUUUUGUCGUUGUUAUUAAUAAGUUUGGUAUUGAAUUGAUAAAAUUUUUUUAAUUGAUGUGUGUUUUGGGAAUUAUUAUUUGUUUUCUGAUUGAUAAAUUCUAGGAUUUUGAUGGAGGGGACAUCGUAUGGUGAUUGAUAAGCUGAAAUGGGAGAGUCUCUCCUUACUGCCUUCUCAAUGGAGAAUCAUCAUCCUUCCACUGUUUUGUCAAUGGAUUCAAGCGCUUCCUCCCAUGAUGAAUUGGAUUUGGAAAUGAAUAGGCAAACUGUUCUUUCUCGUCCUCCUGAUAUCAAUUUGCCUCUCUCUGCUGAGCGGAGCCCUCCCCCGCAGCCAUGGAACUGUAACCAGUGCGAUAUUUUGGAUGUUGGGCUCAGUUCACAAGCUCAUGAGACUGAGAGCUACCUCACUGUUCCCAAGCCAGGACGAAAAUAUGCCAAGCGGGUAGAUAGUAUAUGGGGUGCUUGGUUUUUCUUUAGUUUUUACUUUAAACCUGCUUUAAAUGACAAAUCGAAGGCCAAGGUUGUUCGUGAUAGCAAUGGUGUUUCUUGUUUUGAUAAAUCAGAUCUCAAGUUGGAUGUUUUUAUGGUUCAGCACGACAUGGAGAACAUGUACAUGUGGGUUUUCAAGGACAGACCCGAGAAUGCAUUAGGUAAGAUGCAGCUUAGAAGUUACAUGAAUGGGCAUUCUCGCCAAGGGGAGCGUCCGUAUCCGUUUAGUGCGGAUAAGGGAUUUGUCCGUUCACACAGGAUGCAAAGGAAGCAUUACAGAGGACUGUCAAACCCCCAGUGCGUGCAUGGGAUCGAGGUUGUUCCAUCACCAAAUCUCAUGGCUCUUAAUGAGGAAGAACUGAAAAAGUGGAUGGAACUUACUGGAAGGGAUUUAAAUUUUACAAUUCCACCUGAAGCUAGUGAUUUUAGUUCAUGGAGAAACCUUCCAAACACUGAUUUUGAGCUAGAAAGGCCUCCUCCUCCAAUGAAGAGCGUAUCAAAUUCUCACUAUAAGAAGCUGCUUAAUGGGUCUGGUCUCAAUUUGUCUACUCAAGCAUCUGGGCAUGGCUAUGGUGAUGGGAUAGACUUAUCACUUGUCAGCAGCAAAAGGAGGAAAGAAAAUGAUGAUGAUUGCUAUUUGCCUGUCAUUCCUCCAUCUGACCGAGUUCCAGACAUUGAAAUUCAUCCCAGUGAGCCACACUGGUUAAAUGACCUCAGUGGAGUAAUGAAAAAUGUCUAUGGGCCUGUUUCUGCUGCAAAAGCUAUCUAUGAGGAUGAAGCGGGUUACUUGAUCAUUAUCAGCUUGCCUUUCGUUGAUCUUCAGAGAGUCAAAGUCUCAUGGAGGAAUACUCUCACGCAUGGUAUCAUAAAGAUAUCCUGUGUGAGCACAUCUGGCAUGCCUUUCAUCAAGAGACAUGAUAGGACUUUCAAACUGACAGAUCCUGCUUCUGAGCAUUGCCCUCCUGGGGAGUUUGUUAGAGAAAUCCCACUGUCAACUCGAAUUCCUGAAGACGCUAACAUAGAAGCAUAUCACGAUGGGCCAGGUUCUGUGCUUGAGAUUAUGGUGCCGAAACUGCGGGUGGUGCCUGAAGAACACGAAAUCCGUGUUUGCCUCCGCCCAAAGCUUGUAGGGAAUGAUCUCAUGUUGACAUAAAUUAGCUUUUAUGGAGAAUUAUAAAGUCUGUUGCUAUGGUUGGUGCUUCAUUGUUUUACUGACUUUGUACCAUACAGUGUAAUCUAUGAUAUGAAACAAAAUGUGCGUCUUACAUUUUGUCUUUUGCAAUUUUUACUCGCUAAUUUCUAUGGUUUUUAACCCAUGAUUCUGGUUAUCACUUGACUGUAACUAUAAUUGAUUUUGAAACCUGCAUUUGAUUAUAGUCAUUAACGUAAAGAUACUUUAUACCCUUUUGUUUGAUUGAUUCAAGGAACAAGUUUUAGCCACGGAACCCAAAGUAGAAUACGACAUUGACGAGACUUUGUCAUCUGAUUCCAAAACACACAAUGAAUCUGCAAGGAAUGCUACCUAACGUGGAAAGGAACACUUGGUGGAGAGUUGGGACCAAAGAAAGCCAAUAAAGUGGUGAAACCUAACUACAUCCUUUUAUCAAUAAAGAAAAAUGUAAAUGAUAAUUUAAGUGAAAAGAGGUGUAAUAAUAAGCGAUCGUGGGGACCAAAAGUCAAGCGAAGUGGAUCCUGUAUUUUGUAUCCUGGGAGUAUAGGUGAACUUAGUGAGAGGGUCCCCAGCGUUGGUUUUAAAACCAAGGUCAAGUUUGGCUGGCGUCUGCUUGGAAUUUUAGAAAGGAAGACUUCUACUAAGUUUGCGUCCCGACAUGGUGAUAAGAAAGUUAGAAGAUGUAAUAGUCCAAACUCCAAAAGCCAAUCCCAUCCCAUCUUUCAAUUUAAAUUGAGAUUUUGUGGUGAGAACAGCUCAUGGUUUUCUUAGUUAAGCACGGUUGAGGACCGUGGGUUGUGGAAUGUGGGACAGCGGAACUCACCUCCUUUUCUUUUUUUUUUUUUUAAUAAUAAUAAUAUUGAAAUGGGAACCACUCUCUCUCAUCUUUAAAAGUAAAUUUAGUUUUAUGUUAAGACUUAAGAGCAGCCACGAGGCCAUUUGGGUCAAAUUCUUGGCAGAAGCCAUGCCGACCUAAAGUUCAAACCCAUUGCAGUCCCUUUCCCACCAACCCGUUUCACUUCCACAACUAUCCCACUUAUUGGAGAAUGAAAAUGGAGAAAUUAUAUAUGCAACCAAAGGGACCACAACCGUCCCCUACUCCUAUGAAUCAAGUUGAAGCUGAUCAGGCUCAUACACUAUCAAUCACGUAGAAAUAUAUUGUUGAUACAAUUUUAUAUUUGUUAUAAAGCCAACUAAUUAAUCUCAACAAAACUUCAUCUAACCGCAAAUUACCAAAAGUCAAUGAUCUUACAAGUUACCGUGAAAUCGCGCCUCGUCAUUCCAUGUAAUUUUGCUUCAGAAUAUUUAACCUUAUCGUGGAAAAAAAAGGAUCCCCAAGAAAACAAACAUCAAAACUAAAACCACCAAAUAGUUGGGCAAUAAAAACCUUUAUUGAAGUUCAGGCGACCUGGCAAUAGCACCUGUUUCCAAAACAAGAAUAACAGGAUGCUUAAAAUUUUUAAAACUGGCUUUGGACAAAAUACUCAAAGGGGUCGGAAGCCAGAAAAUGAUCGUUUAAAUCCGAUUCAUUGAAAAAAAAAAAGGAAAAAAACAACACC